CUCUUUUUUUUCCCCAUGAUAUUUACAUGAAAUUUUGAAGAAUCAGUGAGAAGAUGAAAAUGUUGAUAAUUGUUGUGAUUUUUUGAAUGUUGUUGAUGUUUAAUUUGGAUGUUAAUUGUUGGUUUGGUUGCCAAACAUGUUCGAGAUGAUAAAGUUACCGUUAUGUUUUUCGUUGUACAAUUAGAAAAGAGAAACCAAUGGAAAUGAAAGGGAUGACAAUCAAGGAACAAUUAAAUCAAACUGAUUGAUGAAUUUUCAAUUGCAAAUGGAAAUUAGGUUAACUACACACCAGAGGAAAUCGAAAUGAUCAACGAAUGAGAAAACCAGAAAGAGGAAAAGCAGAGACAAAAAAGUUGAGCGGAAAAAAAAUCGUCAAGAGAAUUUGUUUUUCCGCUGUUAAUUGCUGGCUGAUUGUUUACUAAGGUGAAUCAAUGGAUAAACAAUCAACGAGAUGAACACACUAGAAAUUAAAUUGAACCUCUAACGAAACCAAAAUGAUCUUCCAUUAGAAUUCAAUGUCACCUGAGGAAAUAGAAUUGAAUAGAAACAAAAGUCUCCAGUAGAUUUGUCGUUUUGUCACCAUAACUCAAUCAUCGUCAUCAUAUUCACUCUUCUUCUUCCUCGUCAUGUUGUUCAAUAUCUUUUCCAGAUUCUCUUCAAUUAUGUCUUUAAUAAGUCAAUCAUUAUAUUGGUCCUUUGAUCUUUUACCUGUUGUAUUAGUUGAUUAACUAAUAGCUUUUAAUCACCUGUGUCACCUUGAUUAGUUACCUGUUGUUUUUUUCUUCUUGUGUUGAUUAAUAGACAUUGUCUUUUGAUUGAUCACAAUCAUCUUUAAAUUGUUUCUCUUGUUUGAGAGUUUGAGUUAUUUUAUAUACAUGAAGAUAUUGGUAUGAGAUUUGGUGAACAACGAGAAAGGAAAAUUGGACAAAAUUUCGUAUCAAAAUCAUCGACUGUUAGUGAUAAGUUAAUCGACGACGACGACGAUAAACCUUCAAGCCCAAUGGUUUUCUCAUCAACUAAGCCCAACGAUGGAUUAUCUUCAUCAACUACAAUCCAUCAUCAUCAUGAUGAUCAUCAUUCGAAUACAUCUUCUCGUUUAGCUAUGGUUGUUUUCUUUAUUCUACUAAUCAUGAUUAGUAUUGGUGUUUAUUUGUUAUUCGUUAAUUGGCCUAAAAUUAGUGAUCAAACAGACAAUCGAUCAGCUACUUUGGCUAAAGCGCUUCUUACUUGGUAUGAACAAGAAGUGGCCUCUGAUGACCAUCAUCACGAUCAUCAUCAUGAUGACCAUCAUGAAUCAACAACCGAUCAUCCAGCAGAUCAUCAUCAUGAUGAUGAUCAUGGAGAGGAAAAAUUUUACUGGGAAGAAACUUGGCCUGAGCCUAGUAAUGUAGAUGAUGAGGACGAUGAUGAUGAAGAUCAUCAUCAUCAUGGUGAUGAGGAUAAACAUGGUGAUAAUCAUGAUAACAAUAAAGAUCAUGGUAGUGGAGGAGAUGAAGUGAAACUUUCAUCAACUAAUACUGACGAUCAAGAAGAUGCUCAUGAUGAUAACAAAGAGAUUAACAAUUUAAACAAACCAACAACAACAUCCUCAUCCUCAUCCUCAUCCUCAUCAUCAUCAUCAUCAUCAACAACAACAACAAUCAAAUCUAAUGGAAAACACCAAGAAAAUGAUUUAGAAUCACCAAUCGACAAUAACGACGAUGAUUAUGACAAUGGAUCAAAUGAUGUUGUCAAAGGAUAGAAUUAACAAUUAAUCAAUUAAUUACUGGUUACUUUUUGCCCUCAUCCAUUGUUUUUGUUGACAAUCACAAUCAAAGUAACACAAUUAAAAACAGAAUCAAAAAAAACCCAAUCAAAUCAUCACUAAUAUUAAAUUUACCUUCAUUUUGUAUUAAUCACAUCAUUUGGUUAAUUAUAAUGAUUACUAUUUGAAACUGAACAAUUUAUUAAAUAAGAUGAGCUCUCUAAUUGGUUAACAAUGUUAACUUAAUUAUCUUAUCAUUUAUGGUUUUAUCUCAAUUGAUUAGUUACCACAAUUAGAUAAUUGCUCCUCUCUCUCUCUCUAGACAACAUAAGACAAUCAUCAUCAUAAACAGAUCAACAAUCAACAAUUAAAAGUUAAUUUCCAACAAUUAAAUCACUAAAAUGGAGGCUCGGAUUAUGGUCGUUGUCUCUUUAAUUGUCACACUAUUAUACGGAUCAUUUGUCUUUUUCACCUAUGUCAGUGUUCAUUCUGAUUACAAACCAGUUGAUCAACAAUCAACUAAUCAAAGUGAUUUAGUAACGAUAAUCCAACCAACAGGAACCAAAGAAGUGAUCGAAAUUGUAAUUGAUGGUAAAGAUGGUUCAUCGAUCACAAUUAACAAUUCAUCAUCUUACUUUUAUCAAUUGUGCCUUAAUUACUGUGAUGGUAAAGAAUCAGUGAAACUUAAUAAUGAAGUAAUUGAUUGUGUUUGUCCCAAUUAAUCAAUUCGAAAGCCUUACCAACAAUUAACUUGAUCAGUGUUUCCAUUUUUCCUUCAUAAUUUAUUAUCAAUUUACUUUUUAACAACAACAUCAACAGAUGAUCAACUCUUCAUAUCUUAAUCUGUGAUCCUAAUUGUGCAUUUUUCUUAAUCCCUUAAUCCACUUUUCUACAUGUUUGUAAUUAAAUCAUUAGUCCCAAUUAAUUAGUUUAAUUUUUAAUCAACUUUACCAUAGAUUUUAAAUUCAAUUCAAUAAAAACAAUACAAAUUCAUCAUCUUAAUCAAGUGUCAACCUUUCAAUUCAUUUUUUUUUCCUGUUUUUGGUUAAUCAUCUCAUUUCAAAUCUAAUUGUUGUUGAUUUAAAUUAAAUUAAAUUGGUUUAAAUUGUUGUUGAUCUAGAAAAUUGUGUUUACUUGUCAUCUUGAUAAUUGUUUUGCUUUGAAAUGGUGAUUAAAUCAAUUCUAUCCAUUGGUUAAUUGUCAACUAAAUAAUCUCAUUGAUGUUAUGUUAAAUCUUGAGAAUUGUUGAUUAUUGAUUGUUCCAGAUAUUGAUUGAUUGAUUAUCAUAAUGAUGAGGCAAAUACAAUCUACUUGUGGUCAAGUAAUUAGAUGGACAAUCAAUGAUAAACAUUGGAAAUUAGUCUGAAAAUUUGCGAGAAAAUCUAAAUGAUAAAACAUUUCCAUAUAAUCUCAAUGAGAUCAGAUUAUCAGAAAAAUGGAUUAACAGGGAAAAUUUUCCUUCUUAAUUGUUGUUCAUUAAGCUGAUGAUUCCACUUUAUUUUGAAAUAACAUUUUCUACAUUAUAUCCUACCAAUUGUUCACAAUUGUUAUGAUUACGAAUUUAAUUGCGCAGGAGACAAUUUAGAAGUCGAGGAAAACAGUUUACCUGGAAUUGUCUUCUACUUUUUCUGGUCACCAAUCAAUAUCUUCACUCAUUAUUUAUCUUCCAUCUCUUUCUUUUCAUCUUUCUAUCAUCCUAUCAUCUUCCAUGAUCCAGAUAAAUUAAUGGAAUAGUUUUUUUCCAUGGGACAAUCAACAGAACGUUCAAAAACAGCAACAAUAUCAACAUGGAAAAUUUGAUUUUCUUAUUGAUAGUUAACAUGAUUAGAAUUAAAUUGCAACAACAAACAUCAUCAUCAUCUUAUUAUCAAUCUGUUAAUUGUGUCACUCUUUCAUCCAAUUUAUAACAAUUACAGUUACCCUACGAUUAUCGGUCAACAAUCAGUUGAUUGUUUACAAUUUUCUCGCCAUCAACAAUUUGAUUUCUCUCUAUGGUAAUGGGAAAUCAUUGUAGUAAAAAAACAGAGAAACAAAUGAUUACCAAACUUGCGGAACAAACUUAUUUUACCGAGAAGGAGGUAAAACAAUGGUAUAAAGGCUUCCAACAAGAUUGCCCUGAUGGUAAAUUAACAGAAAAGGCUUUUGCAAAAAUAUACGAAAGGUUUUUCCCCAAUGGUGAUCCAACUCGAUUUGCUCGAUUACUUUUCCAUGUUUUCGAUGAGAAUCAUGAUGGAACAAUUGAAUUCGAAGAGUUCAUUCGAGCGCUUUCGAUAACAUCCAGAGGAACAAUGGAAGAGAAACUUUUAUGGGCUUUUAAAUUAUAUGAUCUCGAUUCUGAUGGUUAUAUUACUCGGGAGGAAAUGUCCAGUAUUUUAGAUUCCAUGUUAAUUAUGAUCGGUGAUACUUCACUUGAACACAUCGAUCCAAAGGAGAGAGUUGAUCAAAUUUUCCAUGAACUUGAUAGGAAUAAAGAUAAUCGUUUAUCUUUAGAUGAAUUUCUUGAAGGAUCUAAAAGCGAUCCAAGGAUUGUUCAAACUCUCUCGUUACACAAAAUAUUAUAAUCUCAACAAUUAAGCAACAAUUAAGCAACAGAAUUGACAAAAUUAAGAGGCAAAAAAAAAUGAUUCCAUCAAAUCUAAUCACUCAAUCAUUUCAAUAUAAUCAUUAUCAUCAUGCAAUCAAAUUAAUAUCAUGGUAAAAGUUAUCAUCAUUACUUUUUGUAUUUUAAUUAUUAUAGACAAGAAAAAAUAAUUAAAAAAUACUUGUUGUUAAUCAAUGAUUAU